ACCGGGAGAAACAGAAAUGUGAAGUUGUCAUUUACCACAAUUUGAAUUCAAGCUUCAUCAUUCACAGCCACUGAACAACAGAAAUAAUCUCCUACACGUUACAUUUUCAGUCUUCAGUAAAAGCUAAACCCUGAGGAGCCAUGGCCCUGCCCUCUGCCUUUUUGUCUGAAGACCAGUUUACCUGCUCAAUAUGUCUGGAAAUGUUCAACAACCCAGUCUCCACACCAUGUGGCCACAGCUUCUGCCAGGACUGCCUUUGUUCCUACUGGAAUGGCAGAGGAAGAGGGCAGGGUUCAAAAUCUUACCAAUGUCCCCUGUGCAAAGAAUCCUUCGAUAAGAGGCCAGAACUCCAUAUAAAUCGAACCUUGAAGGAAAUCACUGAACAAUUCAAGCAGAUGGCCAAUCCUGGUUUACAAUCUGCUGGGGGAGAUGGAGAAGUGGAACAUCCCAGCUUGCAUGCCCAACAUCAAGCCCUGUCUCCACCAGCAAGACCAGGAGAGCUGCCAGAGAGCGUGUUUGCAGAAAUGGUGGCACGUUUUCAGGGGCUGACGCCUUCUGGGAUACCACAUCAGCAUUUCCCUCAACCCCAUCAGGCCUUCCAUACACAGAACAACCAUGACCCACCUCCACCUUACUCCCUUCCUCUCAGGUACAGUGUGAACAGUCUCCCUGACGUCCCUCCCAAAAAGCCGCUGUGUCCCAUCCACAUGAGAGGCCUGGAGUUCUUCUGUCGCACUGACAACAUCUGUGUGUGCAGUGUCUGUGUGGAGACAGCAGAGCACAGAGGGCACAGUGUUGUCCCUGCUCAAAGAGAGUGGCACAUUAAGAAGUCACAGUUAGGAAUCCAUGGGGUGGAGUUAAAGGAGCUCAUCUGUGAAAGAGAGCGAAAAGUGGAAGAGAUACGCAAUUCUGUCCUGGAGAUUAAAGUUGCUGCAGAGAUAGAGGCAGAAGGCGUUGUUUGUGCUUUGACAAAGCUGAUCUCUACAUUGGAGCAUUGCCAAUCUAAAAUCAUUGAGGUGAUAGAGACAACUGUUCAAGUAGCAGAGAGCAGAGCUCAGAGUUUGCUGAAAGGGCUGGAGGAUGAGAUAACUGCUCUGAAGAAGAGGAAUUCAAUACUCAGCCAAUUGGUUGUGUCUGAAGACUAUGUGCUCUUUUUCAAGACGUUCCCUGCCUUGGCCACACCCCUGCAGACUAAGGAUUGGUCCAAUGUUUCUGUGCCAUCUCAGUUGACCUCUGAAGGGAUUCUCAGGACUAUUAAUCAAAUGAUGGAACGCCUUGAGCAAGAGAUGCAAAAAUUGCCAGAAGUCUGCGAACAAUUCUCAUCAGUCCAGCCUGUCCCUUGGCCCAGCCCAAAAGUAAGAAGGGUUCAAGAAUAUGCAGAGGACAUCACCCUGGAUCCCAGCACAGCUCAUCCCCGUCUCAUCAUCUCAGCUGAUGGAAAACAGGUGCAAUGUGGUGACCUUCAUCAGCCGGUCCCAAACAACCCAGAGCGAUUUGACCGUGUGGUGUGUGUCAUGGCCCAUCAAGGAUUCAGCUCAGGACGCCAUUACUGGGAGGUGGAUGUUGGCAAUAAAACUGACUGGGACCUGGGAGUAGCAAGCCGGUCUGUUAUUCGAAAGGGUAAAAUCCCUGUGAGCCCCACCCAUGGAUACUGGUUCCUUAGCCUGCGGGACCGGACUGACUAUGCCUUCAGAACAGAUCCCUCAACCAACCUGAAAGUUCCCAUCAGACCCUCACGGGUUGGAAUCUAUGUAGACUGCGAUAAAGGACUUGUGUCCUUCUACAACGUGGAGGCCAAAUUGCUCCUCUAUACCUUCACGGAUAGUUUUCCAGGCACCAUCCAUCCCUUCUUCAGCCCCUGUACCAACAAAUCAGGACAGAAUGAAGCUCCAUUAGUCAUCUGCCCUGUUGCAAUGACAGAUUAAAAUAAUGCAUAUAAUCAUAAUCUCUUUUUAAUUUAUUACACCUAUGUUGGGUGCCAGAGCUGCUGUGAGAUUUGCUGUUGGACAAAUCAGAGUUUUAGUUCUUGCUUUUAGUGAAUGCUGAUUUUUUUUUUUAUUUAUUUACUUAUAUAUACAACUUUAAUGAGUGUGAGAAAAUCAAAAAUGAUUUGAUUAUAUUGUACAAGAAACAUACAGUGGCUCUCAAAGGUCCACACACCCUUGUUAAAAUGUUAGGAUUCUGUCAAUGUAAAUAAUAUUAGACCAUGAUAAAAAUAUUUCUGAGAAUCUGAGCAAUUCAAUUUAAAAACAAACAAAUCUGUAAGAAGAACAAUUGUAAGAAAUAAAGUUGCAAUAACCUGG